UGUGGGCGGACCAGUUUCUUUUGUCAACACUGUACCACGUUACUUUGAUUGACGUCUCAAGAAGCUCGUUAAAGUCUGAAUGACACCCUUGAUCUCAUUAAGGCGGCAAGAAUGCAGGUGUUUCGGGUGUUUUUUCACACACUCUUCACGUUGAUUGGGUCUUGUUUACCCCACGAGAUGACACAAAACCACGUGGGAUAUUUCUGUUCCUGAGUCAUGUUUGAUUGGUUUUGACUAGAUUGGCAAUAAAUAUAGAUUAAACACUUUCCAUAUAUGGUGUUCCCCCCGGGGUGUUAUGGUGUUACAUGUUGGUUGGACCGCGUGCCGCGUUUUCCCGUGUCAUUUUGCUGUGUCGAUUUCAAGGCUGAUAUUUGUUCAAGUUUCGCCGCCGAGUUUGGACGUAAAGCGUGGUAAACUCUUCGCCAAAAGCGGCCGGAAAAGCUUCUAUUCAGACUUGUAGUGCGAAUUUAUUCAAAGUGUGAAUUUGGUCAACGUUUUGCACCCGAGCUACUGUUUGUAGCGAGUCGAGCGUGAACAACGGUCCGCGGUGAAAUGCUUGAGUACUUCAAUGUGCCGUGUUGAAGCAACUUAUUGGGAGUGUGUGGAAAAUUUGGACUUCGUUUAACUCGUGUCUACGUGCCUGUCGUUGAGCAAGGCUAUCAAGAAUUGUCGGCCAACAUGUAUCAAAGUCGACAUACUACGCCUCACCAACCGUCCGGCCAGCCAUUUAAGUUCACGGUGGCGGACUCAUGCGAUCGUAUAAAGGAAGAAUUUAACUUCCUUCAAGCCCAGUACCAUAGUUUGAAGUUAGAGUGUGAAAAGCUAGCAAGCGAGAAGACAGAGAUGCAAAGACAUUACGUUAUGUACUAUGAGAUGUCAUAUGGACUCAAUGUGGAGAUGCACAAACAGACGGAGAUUGCGAAGAGGUUAAAUGCGAUCUGUGCCCAGAUUAUUCCUUUCCUUUCUCAAGAUCAUCAACAACAAGUUGCCGCCGCUGUGGAGAGAGCUAAACAAGUGACGAUGACAGAACUGAAUGCUAUUAUUGGACAACAACAACUUCACCAGGGAGGCCUUCAAGGUCUACAUGCCCACCCACCCACAAUUCCACUGCCACACCCUGGUGCAACACCCCCUCAGCUUCCACCGGGAGCAGCGUCAGGACUACUUGCCUUAUCCAACCUGUCAGUUCAACCUCCACAUCUACCUAUGAUGAAACCAGAGGACAAAGAUGGCAUGAACUCUCUGUCACCACUUGGACCAAUGUCCCGAUCAGAAAAAUAUCGAGCAUCCGACUUGUCGUCUCAUGGCAGUGACGAUGGGCACGUGGACAGGGAAAGAGACAGAGACAGAGAACGGGACCGAGAGCGGGAACGUGAUAGAGAUAGGGAGAGGGAAAACAGAGACAGGGAACGUGAUAGAGAGAGGGAAAGAGAUCGUGACCGAGACCGGGAAAGAGAGAGACACGUAAAUGGAACAAAGAGCAACAGCAAACGGAAGAGAGAUGACAAAGACUCAGGGGAAAGUGACGCAGAAAAAAGUGAUGGUGACUUAGUGGUGGAUGUCUCAAAUGAGGACGCCAAUUCACCCAGAGUUGAGAAUGGACCAGACUCACCCCCGCUAAAUGAAAAGAAAGUAAGAAAAGAUUCUGGUUCUCCCACUAACCCAUCAUCGUCUUCAUCCACACCCUCAUCCAAACAUCCAAAGUCAGAAAACAAAGCUGCACUUGCAUCAUCAGAAACCAGUUCUUCAGGGAGAAAAAGUCCGUCAAGAUCAUCACCGUCUGUCAAAACACCUGUAGCUGCACCUGCUGUUAGGACAGCCAUGUCUGUACCAGGAGGACCUUAUCCAUUUGUUAACCCUCAUAAUAUCGCCAGUGAACUUUCCAGUCCAACAUCAUUUUCGCCAUCAGUUAUGGCUGCCAGCAUGUCUGCCAGUGGAAUUGGUUAUGGUAGAUCAGCGCUGGUUGGCUUUGAACACGGCACUCCAGCAGCAAGAGUGGGCAUGCCGCCACUUGGACCAAGCCUCCCACCAGGCCCUCCUGGAGGUAAACCUGCAUAUUCAUUCUACGUUAGUGGUGAUGGUCAGAUGCAAGCUGUGCCAUUUCCACCAGAUGCUCUGAUUGGAUCAAGUAUCCCACGACACGCCAGACAGAUAAACCAACUUAACCAUGGAGAAGUGGUUUGCGCUGUUACGAUCAGUCAUCCAACACGCCAUGUCUACACUGGGGGGAAAGGAUGUGUCAAAGUGUGGGAUAUAGGUCAAAGUAGUGGAAAAAACCCAAUAUCAACAUUAGAGUGUUUGAGAGAUAACUACAUUAGAUCUUGCCGGCUAUUACCUGAUGGAAGGACGCUAAUAGUUGGUGGUGAAGCUAGUACACUUACAAUAUGGGAUCUUGCAUCAUCACAACCACGAAUAAAGAAUGAACUUACUUCAAAUGCACCAGCCUGCUAUGCACUGGCAAUAAGUCCUGACUCAAAAGUGUGUUUCAGUUGUUGCAGUGAUGGAAAUAUCGCUGUUUGGGACUUACAUAAUCAAACAUUGGUCAGACAAUUCCAAGGUCACACCGAUGGUGCGAGUUGUAUUGAUAUUUCACCAGAUGGCGCUAAGUUAUGGACAGGUGGUUUGGACAACACAGUUAGAUCCUGGGAUCUCAGAGAAGGAAGACAACUACAACAGCAUGAUUUUACAUCACAGAUCUUCUCCUUAGGAUAUUGCCCAUCUGGUGAUUGGCUGGCUGUAGGAAUGGAGAACAGCAAUGUGGAAGUUCUUCAUCAAACAAAACCAGACAAGUAUCAACUACACUUGCAUGAAAGUUGUGUGCUGUCAUUAAAGUUUGCCUAUUCUGGCAAGUGGUUUAUUACAACAGGUAAAGACAACUUGCUCAAUGCUUGGAGAACACCCUAUGGAGCCAGCAUUUUCCAGUCCAAAGAGUCUUCAUCUGUAUUGAGCUGUGAUAUUUCAACAGAUGACAAAUACAUUGUCACAGGGUCGGGUGAUAAGAAAGCAACCCUCUAUGAGGUGAUGUUUUGAAUCAUGGGAAGUUCAAUGUGCAGGGGAUAACAGAUUGGGCAGAGUCCCGUUGAUCUGUGUGAAGUAAAGAGAAAAAGAGAGAAUGUCUCAGGAUUCUGCGUCAAGAACCAAGGAAAGAAGUGUCACUGAUUGUAUAUGUGGAUCUUCUUGGACAAAGAAGUCUUUGGAGAAGUUUAUUAUUUGUACCUGGAUCGUUUGAAUGAAGUGCAGAUUUUUGUCAGGGAUUACUUUGGAUCGAACAUUUUUCACUGUUGCUUCGCCUGACAGGGUGAAGAUACUAAAGAACAAAAUCAUCUGACUUGUCAGCAGGCUAAGACCCAAGGUCUCGCCAUGUUUCUAAUUGCCAAUUAAUAUAAUGUACAGUUAAUGUCCUCUGUUUGAAAUGCAGUCAUUUGUACUCGAGGAAACUUUUCUGGAGGUUUGAAUAUCUACUUUGUGUUUGUCCAGUGGACUGCUGCAGAUUAGAGUGGAUUGCAACAUUGUUUAAUUCUGCAUCAGAAUUGAACUCAAUUUCAAUCCAGUGUGUGAACUUUUGUCAGAUAUCACUCUAAGAAAACUUUAGUAUAUGAUGAUAAAGAGUGAAUCUUUUUUUAAUGUAAAAUAAGUUUUAAAAAAUUAUGCCAAUUGUAUGAAUUGCCAUUAGGUUAACAACAGCAUGGUUAGAGUGUGCAUACAUUUGUUGUGACUUCUUUUGUUAAAAAGACUGUUAUUAAACGUUUGCAAAAACAUUGAAAUUAAAAUAACGCUCUUGGA